AGAGAGAGAGAGAGUAGGGGAGACUGUAGGGUCUGUGAGUGAGGAGAAGUGAGUGGUGUAUGUACAGUGGUGGUCUGUAGGGGCUGAAGUGAAGGGAAGAAGAUAUUGGCAAGUGGAAAAGGGGAGGAGGUGGUGAGUGUGUGUGUUUGCAUGCUUUCACAGUGAGGAAAGCUAGAGACUAAGGGACACGGGAGAGUGUGAGUGGAGGGGGCAAGGAAAGAGGUGAAGGUCUCUGCUUGGUUUUUGGAGAGGAAGAAGAGAAGAAGGAGGGGGGGGGGGGGGUCAUCUGGAGUGGAUUUCAAGACAGGACAAGCUGUCAGCGAGAAGGGCCGGGGUGUGAGGAGUCACUUGGGAAGAAGGAACAUGCUGGAGAAGGAGAUGUUGAAAAAAUAAGGAGGCCCUUCAUCACAUGAAGGGAAGAGGACUUCCCCAACUGAAGCACUUGUCUGAGAGGAGCGGUUGAGGAAGAGUUCGGGAAGAGAGAAGGUGUCUGCUGGAAUUAUGGGGUGCAUUCACAGCACGGGCACUGGCAAGGUGAAGAAACAUGGACCGGACACUGACACAGGGGAAAUCCUUAUAAAGACGGAACCGGAGGUGCAUCCUGAAAUCCUGCACCUUGCUGAGCUCGCCAAAGCUGGGAGCCACACCUUCAUGGAGAAGAGCUUCAAGAAGAGACGGAUAUGUGAAGUGUGCAAGCACAACAUCAUCAACCCCGGGGCUUUUUGCAAGGAAUGCAAGGCUGCAGUUCACAAGUCCUGUGAAGCCAAGGUGACUUCCACCUGCACCUCAGCAUCAGAUCUGAGAGGUUCCACAAAAUCUUUAUCACAAAGGAAGAGAGGCUCCUUACCAAGGAGUAAAAGUGUGGAACAAGUAAUGGAGCAUGUGAUGGAGAACCACUACGACUUUGACCUCACCUACAUCACUGAGCGGAUCAUCUCUGUCUUCUUCCUGCCUGACCUGGAGGAGCAGCGGUACCGCCGAAAUCUACAAGAAGUCGCCUCCAUGCUGAAAUCCAAGCACCAGGACAAGUUUCUGCUACUCAAUCUGUCAGAGAAGAGACAUGACAUCACCAGGCUUAACCAAAAGGUGGAGGACUAUGGCUGGCCUGAUCUUCAUGCCCCGCCUUUGGACAGGAUCUGUGCGAUUUGUAAAGCCAUGGAGACCUGGCUGAGUGCUGACCCCAGCAAUGUUGUGGUUCUCCACUGCAAGGGAAACAAAGGAAAGACGGGCGUCAUCGUGGCAGCAUACAUGCACUACAGCAAGAUUUCUGCUGGUGCAGACCAGGCUCUCACCACACUCGCCAUGAGGAAGUUCUGUGAAGACAAAGUCUCUUCUUCCCUACAGCCCUCUCACAACAGGUACAUCUAUUACUUUAGUGGCCUGCUGUCAGGUGCCAUCAAAAUGAACAGCAGUCCUAUGUUCCUCCACCAGAUCCUCAUUCCCUCAUUACCAAACUUCCAGGCUGGAGGAGGUUUCUAUCCCUUCCUGAAAAUCUAUCAGUCUCUACAGCUGGUUUACACGUCAGGCGUAUAUGAUCCCCAGAGCUCCAGGUCGAGGAAGCUGUGUGUGACUAUGGAGCCUGCAUUGUUGCUAAAGGGGGACAUUAUGGUGAAGUGCUAUCACCGGCGGAGUCGAGCAUCAGAGAGGGAGGUGGUCUUCAGAGUCCAGUUCCACACUUGCACUGUUCACGGAGCCCAGCUGUGGUUUGGAAAGACUGAACUGGACGUGGCCUGCACAGAUGACAGAUUCCCCCCUGAUGCUACUGUCGAGUUUAUCUUCUCGAAUGGGCCAGAAAAAAUGAAAGGUCGGGAAUAUUGCAAGAAUGAUGCCUCUGUCAGAGUGGAUUAUAACACCUCAGACGCUGUGGUCAGAUGGGAUUCUUAUGAGAACUUCAACCUACACCACCAAGACAGCAUGGAGAACAUCUCUCAUACGAAGGGCCCUCUGGAUGGAAGUCUGUACGCACAGGUGAGGAAGCGACGUGGGCCAGGCUCCACCGCUUUGGCAGCAUCUCCAAAUGGAUGCCUUACUCGCAGCCCAACAGUGAAACCCCAAACUCUGAGCCACCCGCAGCCUCCCACCUACACCAGUAAUCCCAAUCGCUCUUCACUCCCCCCUGAUCCACUGCAAGAUGCUAUUUCACCAACAAUCUGCCCCGAAAGAGGAAACACCGACUGUCAAGAAGCCAGAGCACGAGACAAGACUAGAGGGAAAGAAAAGGAUAGGGAGACAGCAAUUUUAGAUGAUGGAGACCGUCUAAGUUCAGGUGGCUUGAGGCGGGAGCACUCAUGUUGUAGUCGAACAAGUGCAAAGUGCAGUGAUGUGGGACUGGAGAGGGAGAGAGGGCCCUGCAUUUCUAACAGUCACUGUCUCGGACGUUGCAACAGCACCAAAGUGCACCCAAAAAGUCAAACCCUUCCUGCUUUGCCUUCCAAACCUGUGUCCCCUCCUCUGAAUCCAGCUCACAUAGAACUCUGCCAUCGUCAUAGUGCCCACCCUUUAUCUGAGGUACCAUGGGAACGUCCACCCCCUCCCCCACCCCUGCCCUGUCUCCACAGACCAUACUACCCUUACUCUGCCCCCGAACAUGCACACCCACACAGUCUUUCCCUCCCGAUGUCAAACAGACUCUGCAGUGGUGAGGAGAUUCACUUUUUCCAUUAUCCCAACCACAGCCCAUCCACUCAUCUCUCCCAUCAGUCACUGCCCUCCAGUCAUUACAGGGAAAUGUUCUUCAGCUCUCCAACACAGUCCUCUGGUUGCCCCUGUCGGGACUGCUCCAACAGGCGAGACUCAGUCAGAACAUUCCAACCAUUACACCCAGACCAAACAGAGAGCCUACACUGGUCCCAGGGAGCAGGGGUACAGCAAACAAGAGAGGUGCCCCCACUGUGGGAAAGUGAAAAUCCAUGGGAGGUGGUGAGAGACACAGAGGUCUGGCAGUGCAAAUCAGCCACACCUUCGUUCCAGGUCUGUCACUCCUCUUUGGGUCAGGGCUCAAACCAGGAACAGCCCAGGUUUGCACCUGCAUCUCACCAGAGCUACCAUAGUCCCCAGUCUUUGGUGGAUGUGCGGGAUGGAGCCAGCAGUGGGUACCACACACCUCCACAGCCCCGCCACUCCUGCCCCUGCUCUCCUUAUCAGUCGUCCCCAGCCGAGAGCCACGAGAGCCGGGGUUAUGUCUCAGGAUACCAGUCUGGGUCGGCCUCACCUCUGCCUGCUAAUAGCCCGUCUCCUGGGAGAGUCCAGCUGCCUGAGACUCCCUCUAGAUCCAAAGAACAGCAACAUAGUGAAGUGGAAAAAGCCAAAGCUGUUGUGGAGGAUGACGUAUCCCACGGUUCAGAUGGUAAAUCAGACUCUAACGGCCCAUCAAGUACUCCUGGACUGGACUCUGAUCAUGACUACACACUCAUCGGUAGCAACAGCCCCACACACACUGAAGAUAGUGUGACUGCUGACAGCCCUCCUCAAAGCCAGGAAAACCACACACAGCUAGAAUCCUGCACAAAUAGCAUCACAAGUACUGCAACAGCAUUAACAGUCAUACAAACCCAUACUGUCAGCAUAUCUGGAAACACCCCACAGUCAUCAAGUGAGCAGAAUUUGAGUAUGGACAGUAAGACUGGUGCAGCUAAGAAUGCAGGAAAUGCUGAAGGAUCUAACCAGUCACAUGCUUCCCGUUAUGCUGCAGUUGUCAUCCCCCCCGUCCAAAUGCAGCUCAAUGGUUCUGCUCUGCCCAGUGAUACCCCAUCCAUCUGUAGCAGGAAUGUUACUGUUAAUUCUUCAACCAGUCUCAAUUCUAGCCCCUCCACCACAUCCCCAAAUUCUCCUGUUAGCUCCCCAGAGCCUCAGUCGUCUCCACAGCGCUCCCCGAUGGCUACAGACGCAGCAGGGCACAGACUAACUCCGGACAGAGACAGCUCAGCCGACAACAAACCUCCGUCACCUGUGCCAGAUGGAUACAACACACCCACAUUUCCAUUAGCAUCCUAUUACUACCAUUUACUGAACGUCCCUCAUGUCCCGUACACGGGUUACACUGCAGUCACCAUCCCCGCUUUCCAGCCACCACUCCCAGAGAAGAAGCGCCUUUCCUCCACUGCAGGAUCUCAAAAUGGACACAACUCUCUUCAGAGAGUCUCCUCAGCUCCUGUCCCAGCACACCACGUUACUUUCUCUCCUCCAGCGGGGCAACAGAGACGAGGCUCUGCACAGUCAAACUCCAAAGACGAGGCAGAUAUUCGGGUUAAUGCCAAGUUUGUCCAGGAUAGCUCCAAGUACUGGUACAAAGCAGGCAUCUCCAGAGACCAAGCUAUAGCUGUGUUAAAGGACAAGGAACCUGGAACUUUCCUCAUCAGGGACAGUAACUCCUUUCAGGGGGCAUACGGACUGGCCCUGAAAGUGGCCACCCCUCCUCCCAAUGCCAAUUCCAGUGGCAGCAAAGUAGAUCCUCUGGAACAGCUGGUGAGACACUUCCUCAUCGAGACCGGCCCACGAGGAGUGAAGAUAAAGGGCUGUCAGAAUGAGUCCUACUUUGGGAGUUUAUCAGCUCUGGUGUAUCAGCAUUCAAUCACUCCCAUCUCUUUACCUUGUGCCCUUCGUAUCCCAGAAAAAGAUCUGGUUGGGGAACUUCAAGAGACGCAGAGUACAACAAGCACCAGCACAGCAGCUGAUCUCCUCAAACAAGGAGCAGCCUGUAACGUGCUUUACUUGAACUCCGUGGAAACUGAGUCUCUGACGGGACCGGAGGCUGUUUCCAAGGCAACUAAGUGCACUUUGGCUCUGAGUCCACGUCCAGUGGCAACGGUGGUUCACUUCAAAGUGUCGUCUCAGGGAAUCACUCUAACGGACAGCAAAAGAAGGCUGUUUUUCAGGAGACACUAUCCAAUUACCAGUGUCACUUUCAGCAGCCUUGACCCGCAAGACAAAAGGUGGACUAAUUCUGGUAGCACAUCCAGCAAGAUGUUUGGUUUUGUGGCCCGGCGGGCGGGCAGUGCUACAGAAAACGUGUGUCACCUGUUUGCAGAGAUGGACCCAGACCAGCCGGCGGUGGCCAUCGUCAAUUUCAUCAACAAAGUCAUGCUGGGACCACAGCUACGUAGAUGAGAGUGCGGACACUUUUGAAAACUUGACAUUCUGGGAUGUGGGAGAGAUCAUCCAUCCAUCCAUCUAUCUUCUACUGCUUUAUCCUCCACGUGAGGGUGGGGGGGUUGCUGGUGCCAGUCCCAGCUGACAUAGGGCAAAAGGCGGGGCACACAGGUCUCCAGUCCAUCACAGGGACAUAUAUAGACAAAUAAAAACAUUCACCCCCACACUCACACCUACAGUCAAUUUAGAGUUUCCAAAUAGUCUAAUCCCUAAAUCUGCAUGUUUUUGGACUGUGGGAGGAAACCGGAGAACCCGGUGAAAAGACAGAGAUAAUGAUGAGUGUAUUUUAGGUGUGUGUGUGUUUGUCUGUGCAUGUGCAUUGUCUGUGCAUGUGUUUGUGUGCUUCUGACACAUCACUGCUCCAUAUUGUGUACAGUGUAUGUCAUUUUACUGAGCAAACAGUGACAGAGAUUUAAUUUGAAAAACCAAAGUCUGACCUUAUUUUGGUGGUAUGUGCCAAAUGAAAUUCAAAGAGGUUGUAAACGUUUACAUGACGCACAACAAACUUUAGAAAAUGCACGACAAUCAAUUAACCACAGUCUCGUUUAUAUGAAGCUGAGGCGACGAUGGUUCAGAGGGUCUUUCAACAGUGUUUUCAGAAUGUGCCAUUUUUGAAAGGUCCAGUGUAGUGACAUCUAAUGGUGAGAUUGCAAUGAAUGGAGGUGUCGUCUGCUGACUCCUCCUUUUCCCAUGCAUACCAGGGAACUAUGGUGGCCUUCACAUACCAAAAAGGAUGUGUUUCUUCUUAGUUUGGCUGUUAAGCAAGGCCCCUGCCUUAAUCACAUGCACAAUUACACUCCAGACAAUUUCUAUUUUAAAGCAAUUAUACACAUAUACAUACAUUCUUAUGAGUAGUAUAUUCAAUUACUGGCCCCCUUAAUGUUACGCACUGGACCUUUAAGAUGAAGGUUGGGGUCAUUUUGGGUGCGAAAGGGUCAAGUAAGUGAUUUAAUGGAGAGAGGUUGGGUAUUUGGAAUAUAUAUAAGAAGAAAGUGUGAACUGAAGCUGUACUUUCACAAGUAUUUUUGUAUUUUUUGUGAAGCUAUAACCACAGAUGCAGUAUUAUGCAAAAAGCUACCUACGACUUAAAACUGAGCGAUCAAGGAGUAUUACUAAUUAGAAAGGAAAAUGAAGGAAGGUUGGCCUUAAAUCGGAAAUUUAAAAGAUAUGGACACAACUUUAUUUACACUUUUGUUUAAUAUUAAAAAGCCAUGGUAUCGGAGGGCAUUUUUAUCACUAUGUUUUUGUUGAUUGAUAUUUGUGUUUUCUAUAAACAAAGACAGUAUUUAGAUAAUUGUGGCACGAUUGUUUUUUGUUUGUUUUUUAAUACUGGAUUUUUAUGUAUAAGAAGUAAUAUAUUUUAGACCUGUGAUGUGUUUGAAAGAAAACAAUCCAGGUCAUGUCACAUUUGACCAGACGAUUGAGGCAAUAAAAUCAAAUGGG